AUGCUCGACCUGCCGUCUGCCGUAACUGCGGUUGAGAACCUUCUCGAAGCCUCGGAGGCUCAGCCGAGGACGUUGGACUUCAUGGCAGCGCUCGGCGCCUGCUACAUCGCGGCAGACAGUCCGAGGGAGGACUCGAGCAUGCAGGACAUAUGGAGGAUCGUGAAGAAGUUCGAGGAAAGGAAGGUGGUUCCGAACAAGAUGACCGGAACGCACUUCAUCGGGGUAGUUGUCAAGCUCGCUUCUGUUGGCAAGGCGGGGGUUGCAGACGGUUUUGAGCUCAGGUCGUACGAGGAGGCGAUGAUUGUGAUUGUGAUGGUGAUGGUGAUGGUGAUGGUGAUUGUGAUUGUGAUGGUGAUUGUGAUGGGGAUGGUGAUGGUGAUGGUGAUGGUGAUUGUGAUGGUGAUGGUGAUGAUGAUGGUGGUGGUGGUGGUGGUGGUGAUGAUGAUGAAUGUCUGUGCAAAAGCUGCAGGCUUCGGAGCAGCAUCCUACAAGGAGCUGAGGGAGGUGGUGGAGUGGGCGAAAGGAUUAGGGGUCAAGCAGCACCUCAACGUGUUCUCCUUCACCUCCAUGAUGGACGGAGUUGCCAAGGCGGCUACGAGGAGGAACGCGACGGUAGAGGACGGAGAUGAAGUGAUGAAGCUUAUGAGCGAGUACGGCAUCAGGCCCAACUCCCGCACCUUCUCCUCCUACUUCACUGUCUGCGCCAACGUGGCAGCGCACGUGAGGGUGAAGACGAUGGACCAGGCGAGGAUGCGAUGGGAGCAGAUGACGGCGAGCGACUUACAGCCGAUGACGGGAACUUUCAACGCGUACCUCAACUGCCUGGCAAAGAACGCCAUGUUCCUGGAGCAGCCGCUGGCGGAGGGGAGAGAAGUAAUCAGGAUUAUGAAGGAAAAUGAGCUGGAGAGGAACGAGACGACCUACCUCUCCCUCAUCGAGAUCAUCCAGCGGAGCCUCGUGUCGCACCCGAAAGAGGGAAAGAAGAAGGACAGGAACGAUGAUGCUGAUGAUGAUGAUGAGGUGGUAGGUGAGGAUCCGGUGGAGGAAGCGUUCGGCGUGGUGGAGGAGAUGAAGGAGGAGGAGAUCGAAGUGACCUGUGCCACCUACAACGCCAUCACCGCGGUGAUCGCAAAGGCAGUGGUGGCAGGGAAGGAUAACGUGAAGGAGAGCCUGGAGCGGGUGGAUCGGGAGAUGGAGGAGCGGGGGAUUUCGCCCGACGUCUCCUCCUUCGCUACGAGAAUGGAGAUCAUCGCGAAACUGACGGGGAGGGGAAGGGCGACAUUCUCCGACGGCAUCCAGCUGCUGCAGGAGAUGAGGAAGCAGGGGAUAUCCCCCACCACCAACGUCUUCAACAUCCUCAUGGACGUCACGGCCAAGGCGUCGGCCAAUGGAAAUGCUCGACUAGAAGAUGGGCUAGGAAUCUUGCAGUGGAUGAAAUCCUUCGAAACAAAGCCAGGUAAAACUUGUGCUGGUGCUGGUGCUGGUGCUGGUGCUGGUGCUGGUGCUGGUGCUGGUGCUGGUGCUGGUGCUGGUGCUGGUGCUGGUGCUGGUGCUGGUGCUGGUGCUGGUGCUGAUCUCCGCACCUACAACUCGCUCAUGGACCUCAUGGCCAAGUCCGCCAGGUUCCGACAGACGCGCGUGCGACAUGGGCUGGAGGUGCUGGACCGCAUCGAGAAGGACCAGCUCGAGAGAGACUGUUACACCGUAACGAGCUUCAUCCAGCUGGCGAAGGAGGACGGGAGCGUGUCGGGGGUGGAGGAGGCGCGGGAGUUGGCAGCGGUAGAGAAGUUGUGGAGAAUCUGCUGA